UAUUUUAAGUAGAAUUUCUAGAGUUGGCAACUCGGCAACCGGUCUAUUCUUCUGUUUAUUUUAACGGACCGUUUCCAUAAUCGUCUGCCUCACAAAAACGAAAAAAUAAAUAAAAAUAAACCCAUUCUGAUAGUGCUGAUAAGUCUCCUGCUUCACUUAAAAUGCCGCCUUCAGUUGGAUCGUUUGCUAUUUUGAUCGGAACUUUAGCCGCCCUGUUCAAUUUUUCUUUACACAAAAUCGAUGAGGGAUAUGUCGGUGUUUAUUACCGGGGAGGUGCAUUGUUGAAAGAGACAAGCAAUCCUGGAUAUCAUAUGAUGUUUCCUUUUCUUACUACUCACCGAUCAGUUCAGGUUACUCUGCAAUCAGACGAAGUAAAGAAUGUACCGUGUGGAACUGCUGGCGGGGUCAUGCUUUACUUUGACCGAAUUGAAGUGGUCAAUAUUUUAAGUCCAUCCAGUGUAUACGAAAUUGUCAAAAACUAUACAGCCGACUAUGAUAGAACGCUAGUAUACAACAAGAUCCAUCACGAACUUAACCAGUUUUGUUCUGUGCAUACUCUCCAAGAGGUCUACAUUGAUCUGUUUGAUCAGAUCGACGAAAAUUUAAAGAAGGCCUUGCAAGCAGAUUUGAAUGAUCUUGCACCGGGUUUGCAUAUUCACGGCGUGCGCGUCACCAAACCCAAAAUUCCUGAAUCUAUUCGAAAGAACUACGAACUUGUGGAGGCGGAGAAAACCAAACUGUUAAUUGCACGAGAGUAUCAGAAAGUGGUUGAGAAAGAUGCCGAAACCGAGCGGAAGAAAGCCGUUAUUGAAGCCGAGAAAGAAGCUCAAGUGGCCAAAAUUAAUUUUGAACAAAAAGUUAUGGAGAAAGAAUCAGUCAAGACCAUGUCCAUCAUUGAAGAUGAAAUCGUUACCAACCGACAUAAGAGUCGCGCAGAUGCAGAUUACUACUCGCUUGAGCGACAAGCUAAGGCCAAUGAGUUGCUAUUGACGAAAGAAUAUCUGGAACUCAAGCGCUACGAAUCCAUCACGGCCAAUACGAAGCUAUAUUUCGGAGCCAACAUUCCAACACUUUUCAUGGGCGAUCAACAGCCUUCUAGUGGUAGUCUACCAGUAGUAACCGAAAAAGCCUCGAAUUAAUGAAGAGAAGCGGCACGAUCCGUUUCCUUUCCUUGGUCUAAAUAAUAAUAAGUCGAGUCAAUAUUUUUUUGCUACGAAUUUUCCAUUUCUUCUGUGUACACUUGUGUGGUGACACACUUUCUACUAGAUGUCGCGGCGUGCUGUGUACUGAAACGAGCUGAAAAAAAAGAAACAAUUUUAAUUGAA